AUGCUCGGCGUCCUCGCGAUCGCGAGCAUGCUCGCGCCCGCCGUGGCGCAGUACGUGAACCCGUUCUCCCUUCGCAACCCCGACGUCUACUUCAACCUCUCCAUCCCGACGGUCUCGCCGUUCUUCACGUAUCGCGGCAACUGGAGCGACGGGGGCGCGCCGGGCCCGGUGACGCUGGGUCCGAGCUCGAACAUGUCGUUCUAUGGCUCGGGCACCGCCGCGUGGGUGUACACGCGGCGCGGGGCGGGCUCGGCGUCGCGCGGCCCACCCGGCGCCAUGCUCAGCUAUCCGGGGCGCACGAACGGGACCAACGCCGGCGGCGACGCAUGGGUCUUCGAUUUCCGCACCAAGCAAAUGGCGUUCACGUUCGCCCUCGUCGACAGCGUCCCGGCUGGCGACAGCCUCGUGCUCGACAGUGUAACCAUCGAAACGGGCAUGUACACUGAAGCCGGGAGCUGGGCGGACGUGCACUGCGUCACGGAGCCGUUCACGCGCAACGCCAGCCUGCCAUUCAGCUUCCAGGGAGGUGCGUGGUCGCACGACACGGAGACACCGCGGACGUGGGGUGGUGCGGUGAUUGCGCCGCUGCCGCAGAACACAAGCUAUGUGUGGGUGAACGCGUCCGCUGUCUCGGGCUCCAACAUGAACGCCAACUCGCUCAACGUCUUCAUGACCCGCGGCACGACGCCGCUCAACUUUCACCAAAUCACACUCAACUCGCUGCGCUCGUACACCGCCAAAGACGUGAUCGUGUACCAGGCGCCGCUGGACCCGACGGACCAGUACACCCUCACGCUGAGCGCGCCGGCGAACAAUCUGAUGAUGCUCAACUCGAUCACGUACUGCUCGUACUACAAGGACGGCAAGGUGCCGGCCGCGGCUAAGAAGAGCAACGCGGGGCUGAUCGGGGGAGUCGUAGGCGGCGUUGUCGGUGGCCUCCUCCUCCUAGGCCUGGUGGUAUUCAUCAUUCUCCGGCGCCGUCGUAGGCGCCAGCGCUCAGCAUCCCCGGACGCUUUCGUCGUGGACGAAAGCGCGGCUGUCCAGCCCGUGCCGGACAAGCGAAUGCUAGGCUCUAUGGCUGUGCCGCGGAGCAGCAGCCCCACGCAGCUGGCAGAAUCGUCCGACCUUGACGCCGAGUAUGAGGCCAAGCUGCACAGCCUGGCGAACGGAGGAUCACGCGCAUCGCGUACGCUGAGCGGGGACACGCGGCACACGACCGCGGACGGCACGGUUAGCGGCGACUCGUACGGCGCCGGCCGAGGCAUGAGCGGCGACCGGACGAUUAGCACCGACUCGUAUCUCAGCGUGGGACAGGGGCGGGGCAUGAGCGGCGACUCGAGCGUGUCGGCGAGUACGGAGCGGCAGAAGUCGCAGGACGGGGACGGGCGUCCGCGCCGCCCGCGCAGGCCACGGCGCACCCGCCAUAUCGUCGAGCAUGCGGAGGACGCGGGCGAGGUGCAUGAUGAGCACGAGCGCGAAGAGGAGGUAGUGGUUGAGGUGCUUCCGCCACAGUACCGGCCGGAGUGGGAGCAGCGGCGGCGCCCGACCGUGGAGGGAGAGCAGCAACAGCAGCAGCAACAACAGCAGCCGUAG